CCGUCAGCAGAUGAACAAAGACGGCGGGCACAAACGGCGGGUAUAAACGGCUCUUAGCGUUCGUAUCGCAACAGAAAAGUGAUUUAAAGAGAAAUCGCGUGAAUAAUUACAACACGAAUAAUUACAUGUUGAUCGAACGAACGAGGCACUUGUGAACGCGAAUCGGCUUAGUAUUACCACGAUCGGAAAAUUAUGCGUACGAAAGCGUCUGUUUGAACGUGCGGCCUGUCCUUUUGGCAUUUGGUUUCCCGUAUAAAUCGGACGACACGCGCGUUUGCGAAAAUAAUGCCCGCCAAAAUGCCGGGAAACAGGAUACAAAUGUUCGAAAUGAAUACAGACAAUCCGACGCUCACUUCAACGCCACAAGAAGCCGUGGACGAUGCUAGUAAAAAUUCCGGCCUCACUUAUGGCAUUGACGACGUUCCACCGUGGUAUCUGUGUUUAUUCAUGGCAUUGCAGCAUUACUUAACCAUGAUCGGCGCUAUCGUUUCUAUUCCUUUCAUAUUAACACCAGCUCUCUGCAUGGCCGAGGACGAUCCCUCAAGAAGUUAUAUCAUUUCCACGAUGAUUUUCGUCACCGGUUUGGUGACACUUAUCCAAUCCACCAUAGGAUGUAGAUUGCCGUUGGUGCAGGGAGGCACCAUAUCGUUCUUGGUCCCAACUUUGGCGAUACUAAAUCUGCCGCAGUGGCAGUGUCCCGCGCCAGAAAUCCUAAGCCAAAUGUCCCACGAGAACCGCACGGAACUCUGGCAGGUGCGAAUGAGAGAGUUAUCGGGUGCGAUCGCCGUCUCCGCAGUGUUCCAGAUAGUCAUUGGCUUCGGAGGUAUUAUCGGAUAUCUGCUGAAGUUCAUUACUCCAUUAACGAUCGUGCCGACGGUCUCGUUGGUCGGAUUGUCCUUGUUCGAGAACGCAGCGGAUGCUGCGUCCCAGCAUUGGGGUAUCGCAGCAGGAACAAUAAUAAUGCUGACGACGUAUUCGCAAAUAUUGAUCAACGUACCGGUUCCAUUGGUGAUGUAUCGCAAGGGUCGCGGUUUCCAUAUCGUUUGGUUCGAGUUGUUCAAACUGUUCCCGGUUUUGCUAACUAUCAUCGUCAUGUGGAUAAUUUGCGCUAUACUAACGGUGACCGACACGCUUCCAAUCGGCCAUCCCGCCAGGUCUGACAGCAAAUUAAAAAUUAUAAGCGAUUCGCCUUGGUUUCGCGUACCAUAUCCCGGACAAUGGGGUUUACCCACUGUUACAUUGUCCGGCGUGCUCGGUAUGUUGGCGGGUGUAUUAGCGUGCACGGUCGAAUCUGUCAGUUAUUAUCCCACCACCGCAAAGAUGUGUGGAGCACCGCCGCCGCCGGUUCACGCGAUCAAUCGAGGCAUCGGGGUGGAAGGUCUCGGCACGAUGUUGGCCGGACUUUGGGGUAGCGGUAACGGCACAAAUACAUUUGGAGAGAACGUCGGCACGAUAGGGGUUACAAAAGUCGGCAGCCGCAGGGUCAUACAGUGGGCUUGCUUCCUAAUGAUCCUGCAAGGUGUGAUUAGCAAGUUGGGAGCGGUGUUUAUCAUAAUCCCCGAGCCAAUAGUUGGCGGUAUAUUUUGCGUGAUGUUUGGGAUGAUUUGUGCCUUCGGAUUGUCAGCGUUACAAUAUAUAAAUCUCAAUUCGGCAAGAAACUUAUACAUUUUGGGUUUCUCCAUGUUUUUCCCUAUGGUAUUGUCCAAGUGGAUGAUCAAGCAUUCGGACGUGAUUCAAACGGGAAACGAAGUGGUGGACAGUGUUAUCACCGUAUUACUUAGCACCACCAUUUUAGUCGGUGGUAUAUUGGGUUGUUUCUUGGAUAAUAUUGUGCCAGGUACCGCAGAAGAGCGUGGAUUAGUGGCUUGGUCGAAGGAAAUGGAGCUCACCGAUCGCACGACUAACGACAAAACCGAUAGUAAUAUGCAAUAUGUUUGGAAUACUUUUGACUUCCCGUUUGGAAUGAGUUUGCUGAGAAGAUGGAAGUGGACAUCUUACAUGCCGUUUUUACCCACAUAUAAGAAGAAGGCGUAAAUAGACGAAGUCAUAAGUUAUAUCAAUUGUUUAAAGAUAGAUAAACCGAUUAUAUUACGAUAUAACAGCCUUUCUAUCGUGAAAGAAGACAAACGAUAUACUAAUAUAAAAUAUCAUGUGUAUAUAUAUAUAUAUAUAUAUAUAUACAUGAUAUAUAAUAUAUAAAAAAUAUAAACAUUAAAUAUAACAUAUUUAAAUAUAAUAUAUAUAAUAUAACAUAUAAAAAAAUUAUUGUACAAAAGAUUAUAUGUAAUCCGCAAUCAUAAUUUUAAUAAUUACAUCAUAUUUGCUUUGUGUUGUAAUGUUGUGAAUUUUAUAUAUAUGUAUCAGUACAAAGAUUAUAUGCAUGAGAUAGUGAAAUGUA